AUUAUGACGAUAUCACGGUUGAUAUUUGACCGGCGAACGCGAACAGGAGAAUCUAGCCAUGGCAGUCGUAUCCACCUCCUCUUUGAGCGGCGCCGGCCUCGUUCCUUGUCACUUUACUCAGUUCUCCGGCCUACGGAAGUCCUUCCUCAAACUCGACACCUCUCUCUCCGACUCAACUCACAAGCUGUUUCACCACGUUAAUUCCAAUCUUCAACUCACCUCCUCGAAUAAAGGCUCCCGCGGCGUCGCAACUAUGGCAGGAUCUGGAAAGUUCUUUGUCGGCGGCAAUUGGAAAUGUAAUGGUACUAAGGAAUCCAUAAGCAAGCUUGUUUCUGACUUAAACGGAGCAGCGUUGGAGCCUGAUGUUGAUGUUGUUGUGGCGCCUCCAUUUGUCUACAUCGACCAAGUAAAGAGCACUUUAUCUGAUCGGAUAGAAAUAUCUUCUCAGAAUUGUUGGAGUGGAAAAGGUGGUGCUUUUACUGGGGAGAUCAGUGUUGAGCAGUUGAGAGAUAUUGGAUGCAAAUGGGUUGUUCUGGGGCACUCAGAGCGGAGACAUGUAAUUGGUGAAGAUGAUCAAUUUAUUGGGAAGAAGGCUGCAUAUGCUUUGAAUGAAGGUCUCGGAGUAAUUGCCUGUAUUGGAGAAUUACUAGAAGAAAGAGAAGCCGGAAAGACUUUUGAUGUUUGUUUCCAUCAGCUGAAGGCUUUUGCUGAUACUGUCCCAAGCUGGGACAAAAUUGUUAUUGCGUACGAGCCCGUGUGGGCUAUUGGAACUGGUAAAGUGGCGACGCCACAACAGGCUCAGGAGGUGCAUGCUUCAGUUCGGGAUUGGCUGAGCAAGAAUGUCUCUGCAGAUGUGGCUUCAAAGACCCGUAUUAUCUACGGAGGUUCUGUCAAUGGAAGCAAUUGUUCUGAGCUUGCAAAACAAGAAGAUAUCGAUGGGUUUCUUGUGGGAGGUGCUUCCCUAAAGGGUCCUGAGUUUGCCACCAUCAUUAACUCCGUUACUUCCAAGAAGGUUGCCGCAUAAUUUUCCAUCAUUUUUUGUUGGCUGGCUAUCAAUCAAAUAAACUCAGGUUUGCCCAAACCCUCCCCCAUUCUCAACUUACAUUUUUUUUGUAAGAUUUUUCUGUGUAGGGAAGGAGGGCAUGAGGUGAAAUUAAAUAUUCCAUCUCCGAUCUGAUUCAUAACAUUAUCUCCCAACAUGAACAUGAAUUUUCAUUUAUUUCUUAAUAAUUGAUACUA